CUGCAACACUCGUCAAAAUAAGAGAUACUGAUUAGCUAUGUCGAGUAUGCAUACACGGGGACCGCUUGGGCUUAUGAACCGCUUCUUGAUCGCUCACACAUCCAUCCACCCAUCUCUCACCAACGUCUCGGUACUAUCCUUCCUCUUAUCUCGCAUCUCCUUAUUUUCCGCUCUCGCUAUCUCAUCCUUCCCUUCAACACGGACGUGCACCUCCGUAACUACCUGGAUGCGAUCGUCGCGAUUCUCAAUAUCAGUACUGGAGCCGCGCGAAUUCUUCGACUCCAACGGCAUCACGUUCCCAAGCCCAGCCGAACGUCGACCGAGUGCCGCGCUGCGCGAGAGCGAAGGGCCGCCGCUAUACGGGCCGUAUCUGGUUCGAGCCGAGGAGAAUACGCCGGGCAGACAGCGCGCCAUUAGCGGGCGCAAGCAGGGGAGACUGGAGCAGAUGAUGCCGACGUUGGCUUCGACCGAACUCCAGGUAGCGGCGGGCGGGUUGUCGUACGUGGGAUCUGCCGAGUUCGAGAUUGAGACGAGGGAUUGGAGGCGCAGGAUUGAGACGAUACAGACACUGGUGCGGGAGAUGUCAGCGAGAAUAGCAAAGCCUAAUGAAGGCAGUAGAAGGAUGAGUCGUGCGACGAGAAGAUACUAGAUAGGAAUGUGCUUCGGUCGUGUAACUGGACACGGUGCUUUGUGUGUUAAGCGGUUGUACAGGAUAGGACGGUUUCGGAAUAGUCCUCGGAAUGUGGUGCAUGAUGGAGCUGCAACAUCGGAAGAAGAAGCGUAGAGAUGCACUUACAACCCGCCAACAGCAAAGAUUCCGAUUAGUGCCUGCUUCUGUCUUCG